UUAGAGGGCACGAGCAAGGUUUUUGUAAUGCUGGUCAACGGUGGCGUCGACUCGGUAGUCAGUGCCACUCUCCUGCAGAAGGCACUCAAAGUCGACCAGGUGAUUGCUCUGUACAUUGACAAUGGCUUCAUGCGCAAGAACGAGAGUAUCCUGGUGGAGGAUUCACUGAAAAGCGUCGGUCUCGCCAUGAUAACUAUCAAGGCCUGGCUGCAAUUCUGCAACGCCACAACAACAAUUUCCCUCUCAAAAGAGGAACCGAAUAAGAAAGUGGUCACAAAGGUGCUCUGCCAGACGACGGUUCCGAAGGAGAAGCGCCACAUCAUCGGGGACACCUUUUUCCGCAUUCUCAACGACAUCGUCUGCGACCAUUUAAAAUCCAAUUUAGAGCAAACAGUUUUUUUCAGCCAGGGAACCGCUUUCAAAGUACUAAACAUGGGUGACCCUCCCGCUAAAUCAGCAGAGAGCACUACAAACGAGGACGCCAUAAAGACGUACCCGCAGCUUGAGACUAAACUGGCGAAGAGCCUGCAGANUGUCGAGCCGCUGAAGGACUUUUAUGAAAACGAGGUCUAUCUCAUCUUUGGCAGCGACUCUGUCUUCUCUCUUGAUGACUGGAUCUUCAACAACGCCGGCCACUCGUUGCCCAUUUUCGGCCACCACGAACGCUACCCGAAGGAGCUUU